AUGAGCUGGAGAGACACGAAGAGAGGAGUUGGGACCUUCUAUUUCUGCAGUCAAGCAUAUUGUCCAGAAUUUGAAAAGGAAACACAUACCGAAACAUCAAAUUCUGUCAGGUUAGAUGGAAUAUCCACCACAGACGAAAAGGAUAAUUCAUGGAAAUCACUUGAAGAACAGUACCAAAUUUCAUCAACCAAGUUGAUCACCACAUUCACCAUAGUGGAAAGCAUCAAGAAACAGUUUUCAAACCAGCAAGACGAUAAUUCGAGAAGAAGUGAUGGAAAAGUGAAGGAACUAUUAGACGAAAUCGAAAAGUUCAAAUCCGACUUCGAAUCGAUCGAGAAACCCGGUUUGGAAUCCGAAGCAGGUCCGUUUACGAGAGAAGAGACACCAAAGGCAAGAACCCCAAGAAUAUCGUUCCUCUCUCAAAGACAGAAAAACGAGCAGCUCAGUAUCGAAUCAUCGGAAAACGAGGCACAAGGAGGAGGAGGAGGAGGGAUAUCAUUGUCUUUUACCACUCCAAUUUUAACACUGCCUUUGAUUCGAAAUAGGUCGAUGAAAAUGGUGGCAACAAAUCAUACAGAGACGGACCACGUACAACACGUGGAAAACAUGGAAGCUCUUGUAAUGGUAAAUAAUCGGAAAAAAUCUUCAGAUGCAGAGGCACAGUUAUCCAUGUUGAAACUGGAGUUGGAACUCGAGAAUCACAGCAGACGAAGCUCAACGGAGGGGAUUAUCGACUGGGAAUUCGACGAGAAAGAACACGAAAAACUGCUUCAUAAUAAUAUUCACACUUUUUAAUAUUAUUUUUACAA